GCAGUACCGAAUCUUACACACAUAUCUGGCAACGCUGCUCUACCAAAACACAGGUUACAAAGUCUGCUAGCAACAUAUUAACAAAAUGCCUGUGGAUUGGUUUGGAUAUGUUUACGCCGCCACGGUGGCUGCCGGCGGUAUUAUGGGCUACGCCAAGGCAGCCUCAAUUCCGUCACUGGCUGCUGGCUUGUCUUUUGGAGCUCUUCUGGGAUAUGGAGCUCACCUGAACUCCCAGGAACAACCCCGACCUCUGCUUCAACUUGGAACUUCCCUCUUCUUGGCCGGACUUAUGGGUGCCCGUUGGAAUCGCUCCGGAAAGUUAAUGCCCGCCGGCGUGGUCUGCAUGCUCUCUAUUGCGGCUCUCGUCAAGAAUGUGAUGACCUACAAUCGCUACUUGCCGCUGCCCACAAGCACAAAGGGGUCAUAAACGUUCCAUUCUGAAGAUUGAACAAUGCUGGACUUGCCAGGAGAUUUUAUUUCUUAUUUUAAUACAUGCAAUUUGCUACUUUGGGCUUUGAUUUAAAUAUUGGUUUGGGUUCUCGAACUAUAGAACACUUUUAAAGCGCUGUGUCACUUCCAAGCUAGCGAUAAGAUAUGUACUUUCUGUUGGCUGACGAAUAAAACAUUAUCAUCUAUGCAUUUA